AUGGCGGCUGAGCGGAAAUCUUUACGCAAAAGGUAUUUAAGAGAACUUAAGGUGCAAAGAGCGAUAAAGUAUAGAGCUAAAAAGAAAGCAAAGAAAGAACCUUUGAUUAUAAAGAAAUUAAGAAUGAAAAUAGAGGAAAAGCAGAAGGAACUGGAGAAUUUAGAAGAGCAGGAGAUUUUUAUGAGAAGACAAAUCAAAUAUUUUAAAGAAAAUAUGCAGGCUUUAGACUUACGGAGUUUAAAGAAAGAAAUAAGAAAAAUUAAAAGAAAAUGGUUGAUUUUGAAGAGAUUGCAAUCUAGCGAAAUUAAGGAAACAAAUGGAAUUAUAAAUUAUCAAGAUAAAUAUAGAAAUAAAAUGAUGAGAUAUAGGAAAAGAAAACCAAGAAUUAAAACUUUAAAGAGUAAUAGAGCGCCCUCUCAGCAAAGUAUUAAAGAGUCUAGUUUAGAGCGCACAAAAUUAGGACAUAAAAAGAGAGAGUUAAAGAGUAAAGAUUCUAAGAGAAUGGUGUUAAAGAAAAGAUCGAUUAGCAAAAUUAAGAAAAUAUCUAAAGAUUUAAAAAGAACUGAAUUGAGUUCAACACCCUCUGAAGUAACUAAAAGUGGCAUAGGAGAGACAUCAACUGAUGAUCUUAGAGAAAGAGGAAUAAAACAGAAACAAUUCAAGAGUAAAAAGCUUAAAGCUUUACAAUUAACUAAAACAUCUGCGAGCGAAAUUGAUGUUAAAGUUGAAGAUGAGAGAGCAAGUAUUUUACAAAACAAAUUUGACAUACCUAAGGACUACCGAACAUCGGAAGUUUCGGAAAUCGAAAUGUAUAAGAAAGCGGAGUUUGGCAAAAGAAAAUCUUCUAAAGUUUAUAAAAGAAGAUCCAAAUCAAGCAGCAUAUUUACAAAACCAGCUAAACAAACUAGUGAAAGUGCAAUGGAAAAUCUUAUGGAGGGAUUUAAAGAAAUCACACAUGCAAGGAAACCUAUAGAACCCCAACCAAUAGGUGAUAAGAAAGAAGAGAGUGAAGAUACGAAACGAUCUUCAAGAGGUCUGACAAAACGUUCUCUUAAACGUAAGAGCAAACUUAAACGAAGUCACUCUUCAUAUGGAGAUUAUAAAACUCCUCCUACAACUACCACUACCACAACAGAAAGUAAUGAAAGUGAGGUUCCAGGUCUGGAAGUUAAGAGAUCCUUAAGCAAAAACAAAGCAAAACAAAAGAAAAACUCCAAAGCUAAAAGUUCAAAACAUGCGUCUUCAGAAAGCGAAAAUCUAAAAGAAAGUUUUGAGGCAGACAUGAUGGAACUUUCUGAACAAUAUCCCAAAAAGUUUAAAGAAAAUGAUGUGGUAAGAGUUAAACGUUUAUCUUUGCGUUUAGAUGAGCUGAGAAAUAGAUACAAUCAACUUAAGCCUAGAAGAAAACUAAAGUGGCAUUUUUAUCGGAAACCAGUAGAUGAAAGAACUUUACAAUCAAUAUCUGUGCCCAAAGGUCUAAAAAGAUUAAUAUUUAAGCCGAGAAAUCUGCAAAGACAAUCCGAUGAUUUAGAAACAGAACAAGAAGAGCAAGAACUAGACAAAGUUUCGGAAACAUCUGCUAUUAAGGAAGAAGUCGAGGCAAUGUAUGAACUUAAAUCCCCAAUUUCUUUAUAUAAAAUUAAAGAAGAUAAAAUUGUGCCUAUUGCACCGAGAAUUAGAAAACUACCCUCGAUGGAACAGGAUAAUACUACCCAUACCUUAAUAAAAACUGAGAAAGCUGUUAAUAAAGAGAAACUAACGCGAAAAGCUGUUACUAUAAUGGAAAGUAAAGAGGAGCCGGAAGUGCCAAAAAAGGAAACAGAAGCAGCUGCAGAUUUUGUAGGCGAGAAAGAACUGGAAACUCAAGUUUUAUUCCCUGCUAAAGCUAAAGAAGACAAAACUAAACCCUCUCUAGACACUUCUCAAAGAAAGUCUACCAAAGCUAGAAAACCUUCUAACAUAUAUGAUGAACAGUUUUUUCAAAAACAUGUUAAAGCUAAAAAGAAACCGAAAACCCAGAAGCGACAAUCUGAAAUUCCCAGAAAAACCUUUACACAAAUCGAAAGUGAUGAAGAUCUAGAGGAACAAGAACAGGAACAAGAAAUCCAUGAAGAACAAAAACCUACCGCCGUAAUUUCUUUAUAUAAACUGAAAGAUAAACAAAUUAUACCUUAUUUACCUCCUGCUAAGCCCUUUACACCAAUACCACCACCGACACCACGCCCCAAACCCAAAAGAACCUCUUCCGUUUAUGAUGAGAAAUUUUUCCAAAAUUUGGUUAGAACUCAAAGAGCCACCAUCACUGAGAAGCUGCUAGUUCAAAGGAAAAAACAACAAGAGUUAGAAAAGGAAAAGGCCGAAAGAGAAGAAGAGGAAGCUAGAGAGUAUUAUAGAAAAUCUCGGGCUAAUCUUUAUCGCAGACGUAGUACUAGUCUAUCGGAAAGUACUAAAAUGGAUAAUCUAAUAAAAACCGCUAUGAAAAGUAAUUAUAAUCUGGCCGAAGUAAUACCCACAAAUGUACCCAUAGUUGAUGAAAAUGUAUUAAAAAAUAUUCAUAAAAGUCAUAAGAUCGGUAUCAAAGAUAUAUUAUCCUCAACCGAUUCCGACUGGUCUUCACUACUGAAAGUCUCACAGGUUAAUUUGAAAGUGGAGUCACCUUUAAAUGUAGCACUUUUGCCCACAACUUCAGCUAAUAUAUUGGAAUCAGCGGAGAAAGUAAAACCUGAAACUGCAACUUCAAUUGAAGAAGUUGAAAUGGUUGCUGCUCCAAAAUCUGUACAAGAAGUACAAUUCGAUACUUUAUCAUUUGAUGAAUUGGUAAAUGUGGAAGAUUUAAUUAAAACUACUCUGGCCAGACAAGCCGCAGAAGAUAGGAAACUUUUGGCAAAGCCUAAAAGAAAAAAUAAAUCUAAAAAGAUAAAGGAGAUAGUAGAACAGAAACCAUCUUCUGCAGAAACUGAAGAAUUAAGGAUUGUAUGCAGUAGUUGUGGCAUGACUAGUUUGCAACCUGGUGGUCCUUGUUGUCCUUUAAUAUUAAAAAAAUAA